AUGCCUAAUGGAUUGGGAUUUGGAAGUCAACCUCUAAGUAGCAGAAUGACUCCUUAGUAGGAUUAUUAUCAAUAUAUUGGGAUAGACCAUUAAGAGCUUCUUGAAAAGUAUGGGAUUCCCUAGCUAAAUGAAAUUUAGCCGGACACUUGGAAGAAUAUACCUUUCCCCAUCGUAACUGCAAUUAAGUCUUUGGUUCGAUGUGAACUUCUAAAUUUCAAUAGAGUUACUGAAAACGAUAAAUCAGUUUAUGAACUCUAGUGUGAGAUAAACAACUAGUUGAAAUAACUAGAGAAGAUGAUCAAGAAAGUAGAAUAAAAUGGGAAUUAAGCAAGUGAGACUAUCAGAAAUCAGAUUUCAAACAACUUUAGUGGAGUAAAGAAUGAGCUUGAAUAAGCAGCAAACAGGACAGCAUUAAUGGUCAAAUAACUGCAUGAGGAAAUUAAGAAAUUUGACAGUGAAAACGAGUAAAAUGACGAUCAUUUGAAAAGUUGGGUAGCUCAGUAUUUUGAACUCAGGAAAUAAGAUCUAGUUUCUUAUAUAGAUGCAGGUGAUUUGAGACUUACCAAGUAAAUCAGAGACUUUGCAGAUAACGGAUUUAAAGAUUCUAAGGAUUUUGAUUAACUAUAAAAAAUGCUUACAAAUAAAUUUGGAACAUAUGAUAAGUAUGUUGAAGAAAUGAAAAACAAUACUGAUAAAAUGAUAUCUGAAUUUAACAUAAUCAAAGACAGUAUAGAUGCCUAAUUUGAGACUAGUUUACCGAAUAGGUUUAAAUAGCUUGGUGAUCGUUUUAAUAAAUUGUACGAGGCUGUGAAUUAAUUAGAGAAAGUAAAGUUUCCCGAGCUUGCCAAUUUAGUAAACGAAUUUAGUAUUGAGUACGAAAAGACUAGAAUCGAGACAAAGGUUAAGUAAGGCUUUAUAGAUGAUACACUAAAGCAAUUAAUGAAUGACUUGGAUAAACUGACCGCUAAAUUUGGUUACAUCUAGGAAGAUUUUGAGUUGAAAAGGAGAGAGUCCAUAGUAUAUACUCAAGACAAUAUUAAGCAACUCAAAGAUACAUACAACAGAUUACUUGAAAACUAAAAGAAUGAUGUGGCAGAUAAGGUGAGAAGUCUCAAUUUCCUUAUAGAUAAGGGAGGUAAGCGAAUGAAUCAAAACUAUGAAUAAUUAAAAGCUAAAAUUGAAGAACUUACAGGCUAGAAAUUUGAAUUACCAGCCUUGAGUGAACGUACACCUUAUAAUGACUCAAUAAUGGAGUAGAAGAGCAACAAAGAUAAUAGGGAUAGCAGAUUCAAGAGAUAGGAGCAAACAAGUUAAUUUGAAAAGGACCAAAAUUCAAGUAUUAGGAAUGACGAUUAUGAAAAUUUAGAAGAAAAUAAUUUGGAGGGCUAAGAAAAGCCAGAUAGGUAAAAUAGUGAAGAAGAAGAAGAUAAUCAAUGGAAAAAAGACUUUGAGAGAAAAUUAAGUAAAAGAGGCAGUAUGGAUGAUGCUAAAAGAGAAGAUAACAAGAUCAAAAUGCAACUUGACAAUUCUCAAGAGGAGAAGGACAAACUUGAAAACAUUGAUUAAGAAAAAAUUAAGGCAGGAGUCAAAUUUCAAGACACUGAGAACAAAUAUAAGACAAUGCCUACAUUCAAUUAAAGAAAGAUUUUAGGUGAUAAAUCGAAGACUUAGAAGAUUAAUGCAGUAGAUUAGCCGGUAGUAAAGGAUUAAUUGAUUUAUCAAAGAGUGGACAACAUCUAAAUCGUAGUGGCAGAGAUCCUCAAGACUCUUUAACUUACUGCAUAGCAAGUAAUGGCUGAAAAUACUUAGAAUCUAGAUCGAUUAGAAUUACUUAGUCAAAACUAUAAGGUUGAUGAGUAAAAAUCUAGGCAAUUAUUUGAUACAAUGAAGUACUAAUAAGAGAUCAAAGAAAAGACCUAAGCAAUUCAUUUGAAGCUUUCUAAUUUUGAUUCCUACUUUAAAAAACUUAUAAGUUACGAGAGAAAUAGAGAUGUUAGUCCUUAAGCUGGUGCUACUGACACUACUCCAAGAAGUAGCAAUAUAGCAGCUAGCAAUUUCGGUGGAGGUUUAAUGAGCAGUCCUUUUAAGGAACCGAAAUAAAGUGAAGAUAAUACUUCAAAAACUAUAGAUUUACCCACACCUGCCUCUAAAAAACAUCUAAAGGUGAAUAAAACGAAGCAGUAGAAUAAGAGUAUCUCUCCUAGAAAUUAGUAAUCAGAUUAGUCAAGAAACUAAAAUGAGUCUCUCACUACCAGAAAUUAGGAGGAAGUAAGUACAUUUGAAUUCAAUUAUGGAAAUGCUGAUCCUGUUAAAUCUACUGUGACGAUUAGAGCGCCAAGUCAGAUGAAGAUUGACAUUAAAAAGCGACAGAAAGUCUAAUUCAGAACAAUCAACAAUCAAAGCUAGGAUGCACCUAUAACAACAAGAAUAAGUGCAAAUGAUGUCUUAUCUAGUAUAUUAGAAGAUCAAUCUAGACAGAAUCUUGAUUCGAAAAUGACAAUCCAUAUGGACCCUAUUAUGACAUUUAAUAAGCAUUCAAGCAGGAACUUCAAUGAAAUGAUGGACGGCAAGAAAAAGAAGGCAAGCAGGACUUCAUCUUAAGAUUAAAACAGAUCGGAAUUGGAUAGAUUACCACCACUGAUUAAUCAUAUAGAUAUCACAAGGACUGAAAACCAACUGUUUCAAAAUUAGGAGUUGAAGGUAUAGAGAUUAUAGAAGACUCGUGAUUAGCAAUUAAGUGUCCAGAACAUCUCUCUUAUUCAGCCUAAGCCGCAGCCCUUAGAGGUAAAAUAUUAAGGGCUCACAGAUUUGAACAAGAAGAGUCCUAGGAGACAAAAAACUUACAUCGGGCUUUGA